UGGGGGGAUCGGUGGGCGUGUGCGCUGUUCGAGGGGGGUUAGCAGCGAGGGGAGCGGCGCAUCGGUGCUGUGCAAGGAUGUCGGUGGAUCUUGGCGCAUGGGGCGGCCCGCUGAGCCUCACAGAGGUGGAGGAGAAGCCGGCGAAACCGCUGCGGGUCUGUUAUGGAGGGAUAGAGGUCGAUGAGCUGGGCAAAGUGCUCACCCCCACCCAGGUUAAGAAUCGCCCUACAGAACUCGAGUGGGAUGACUGCAGCCCAGAAAAACUUUACACCUUGGUUCUUACGGAUCCUGAUGCCCCCAGCAGGAAAAACCCGAAGUUCAGGGAAUGGCACCAUUUCCUGGUGACCAACAUGAAGGGCAACGAUAUCAGCAGCGGGUGUGUCCUGUCUGACUACGUUGGCUCCGGGCCUCCCAAAGGAACAGGGCUGCACCGCUAUGUUUGGCUGGUCUACGAGCAGCCGCAGCAGCUGAACUGCAACGAACCCGUCCUCAGCAACCGCUCUGGAGAUAAACGCGGCAAUUUCCAAGUGGCGGCGUUUCGCAAGAAGUACAAGCUGGGUCCCCCUUUGGCUGGCACGUGCUACCAGGCCGAAUGGGACGACUAUGUGCCAAAGCUCUACGAGCAGCUCUCUGGGAAGUAGAGCAGCCCUGUUUUCCUGCCGUCGUCCCCCCGUCCUGUAGUGUUAAAUGAGUUGCACAAAACACCAGUAAUGGUACUGAGGCCCCUUCUGGUGCGGCUGACUUGGUAAACACUUGUGCUGACUAGUUGUUAGUGGGGGCAGCAAUGGAAUCAGUUUUGUAAUAGUGGGCUCACUCAAAGAGUGAGCUUGUUUCUGUUAUUAUUCAGAUUCAACUUGCUGUUCAAUUUGUUUCUGUUCAAAUGCAUAGUUGACUGUGAAAUGGCUAUUUGGAGGUAGAAAAUUUGGCUAAACAGUCACUUUCCCAAAAUCAUUUGCAAAGCCUGAUGGAGGAACCUGGGCGUUCUACAGUGAGCUUGUAACAAAAAAAAGUUUUUGCUACUUUUCCUUCCUUUUAACGAUUUGCUACUACAACUGUGUACCCAGUUUGCUGGGGGUAAAAUGUAGCUAACUUGGAAUGCAAUGAGCAAACCACCUCAUCUGCCUUGUAAAAGUCAUGUGAUGUCACCCCAUGGUUCACCCAGUGGUUUCACAGGGGGCUCCGUUAACCUUUACCGUACUACACCUGGGCACUAACAAGUGACAUCCAUCCCAGCAGAGUUACACCCUUCUAAGUCCAUGACACAGACAGGUGUAAUUGUGCUUAGGAAGGUAGUCUAAGUAUCCUUAUUUGGAAGGGAUUUCCUUCAGUGGUGGUGGGACUCCAAGCCAGCUCACAAACGGCAUCAGCAAUGGCUCUGCUGCGGCAAAGCUGCUCCUCCGUGGCUACCGCAGAUAUCAUGUGGAUAUUGCAAGGGUCUUUGCUACAACCAGGCUACCACUGUUAGUAUGAAAAGUACCGGUAUGAUUUAGCUACUCGUGACAGAAUUAUCCCUGCAUUAUCAUAAAGAUGUCCCUGCAUUAUCAUAAUUAUCCCUGUAUUAGCAUAAAGAGCACUUUUGUGACUGUAGCCACAGUUAUCAAAUAUGAAUUGGUCUAUAGUUCUGAGUGAAUAUCUCUUAAGAUUGCACAUUAAGUUUAGAAAUCCCUUAUCUGUCUUUUGCUUGUAUCGUUUGGAUCUCCCAGUAGAGCCAAUGUAAAUGUAGAAUUGUCUAGUUCAUGAUUUAAAGAUAAACUGUCCCUGCCUUUGGAGGACAUCCUUGUUAAUGGGGCCAUGACUGGAAAAUGCUGACUACUGGUUCUCUGUUUAGGGCAUUGUUAUCUCCUCUGCCCCCACCCCCUUUUUUCUUUACACAUUUCACCAGGAUCGUAACAUUCUUAUGGCUGGGUAGACAUAUUCUGUUGCUUCUCUUCUGUCUCGUUUUGCCAGAAUUAACACACUAAGCAGGGACUGCACAUACUUUUUAUACACCCCAGGAGGUCUUCUGAUUUAGUACCCAAACAGUCAUCCGCAUGAUAAACCUUGCUGGUGGUUUAUGCAAUUUUCCUGUUUGUUAUUUCAAAUAAAAGCUUAGAAUCAA